AUGUCUGAAUAUGAAAUACCUUUCCAUAUUCAAGAGGAUAUCAUGAAAAAGCUUCCGGUCAAAUCAUUGGUUCAGUUCAGAAGUGUCUCAAAAGCAUGGAAGUCUUUGAUUGACAGCUCUGAGUUUAUUGCUGCUCACAGCAACCACCGCCAUACUCAGCCACAACAUCUACUUGUAUCAUAUGAAGAUCCGAUAAUGAAGGAACGCUAUGUUUGUUUUGUUGAUGAUGACACCUUCCCCCAACAGAGGUCUGUUCUGACUCUAACUCUUCCUCUAUCUGUUAAAUACCUUCGACUUCUUGGUAGCUCUCACGGCUUGUUGUGCUUGUACCACUCUCAUCACAACCCUGCAACUAAGAUGGUUGUUCUUUGGAAUCCCUUAAUUAGAAAAUCGAUUGUUGUUGAUGUGCCUAAGCAACCAUAUGUUUGUUUUGGGGUUUGUCCACUCACUUGUGACCCUAAGAUCAUUUCGAUUUAUCAAAUUUGGGAUGAAGCAAAUAUUGAAACUAGUUUUCGUUGCAAAGUUAUGGUUUACACUUUAAGCUCCGGGAAAUGGAGAAGUCUAUCCAGCAAUCUGCCCACUAAACCAAUUCGACAUUUUUGGCUUAUGGUAGUUACCGAUCGGUUUAUCUAUUGGCUUGUUGAGUUACCGAAUCCUAACAUGAUAAUGUCUUUUGAUGUGAGUAAUGAGAAAUUCGAAGUGAUAGACCUUCCGGAUAGUUUAGCCACCCAUCAUCCCACGGACUUGCAUUUAUCUAAGCUAAGGGACUCUCUUGCCAUGCUUCAAAACACAGAGAACAUUUUAACUGUAUGGAUGAUGGAGCAUGGUGUUCAAAGAUCGUUUACAAAGUUAUUCAUUAUAGAGACACAGACACCACAUCAGAUAGUGGGCUUUAGGAAGAGUGGUGUACCUAUAAUGCAAGUGACAGAUGAUGAUGAUCCUGAUGAUUUUGAUGCACAGUAUAAACUUGCAGUUUUUGAGCCUAAUUCAGGAUACAACAAUGUUAUUGAGGUUUCUGGAUCACCUGUUUGCUUCGAGUUAAGGAAUUCUGUAGCAGCACUAAGAAUCAAAAUGUCUGUACCUUUCCACAUUCAAGAGGAAAUCAUGAAAAGGCUUCCCGUGAGAUCACUAAUUCAGUUCAGAUGUGUCUCAAAAGCAUGGAAGUCUCUGAUCGACAGUUUUGAGUUUAUUGCUGCUCACAGCCUCCGCAGGCACACUCAGCAGCAACAUCUGCUUUUAUCAUAUGAAGAUCCAGCAUAUGUUUGUUUUGUCGAUGAUGACACCUUCCCUCAACAGAGGUCUCUUCCGACUCUUCCUCCAUCCAUCAAACAACUCGUUCGUACAAGUGUAGUCGGUAGCUCUCACGGCUUGAUUUGCUUGUACGGAUACCACCCCGGCUUUCAAACUCAGAUAGCUAUUCUCUGGAAUCCUUCAAUUAGAAAAUCGGUUGUUAUUCCUGCUCCUGACCAACCAUAUGUUGGUUUUGGGGUUUGUCCUGUCAUGAAUGACCCUAAGAUCGUGUCAAUAAUAAAACAUUCUUGGGAUGUUACAAAUAUCGAAACCAGUUACCGUUGCAAAAUUCUCGUUUACACGUUGAGCUCCGGGAAAUGGAGAAGUCUAUCAACCAGUCUUCUCACUAAACCAAUUCGAGAUUGGUGUUUGGUAGUUACUGAUCGGUUUAUCUAUUGA